UGUGCUUACAUUAGUCUUUAGAUCUCUGUUGAAGAGAGCUGUUAUAUUUGUGCCUGCUAGAGUUGGAAAUAACAGUUAAGAAGCUGACUGGGGUUGAAUGGAUUUACAGAAGUUUUUUCAAGUAAAUUCAGGGAAACAUAUGAAUUAGAUUAGUACAUGCUUUAGAAUUAGUUUAUACUAAGGUGAUUCAAAAGAUGUUAAAGUUAUCACCAGGCUGCUGGACAAAUAUAAAUUAUACUACCAAGGUACAGAUCGAGACAAAUCUGUGACUCAGGACUUUAUCUUGGAAAGAGCGCAAGGUGUGAGAAGAACUCAGAAUAACAAGAGAAGAUAACUCUGGCAACUACAGUGUAUCAGAAGAUCAGCUCUUGCUAACACAACCCUGAACUAAAGACCUGGUUAUCUAAGGUUUUUAAUAGGAAUGCCUAGGUCAGCUGACAAAAUACUGGUCUUCUGCUCCAUAAAUGCAGAAAAAACGAUAACAACAGUGGAAAAUUGGAAGUCUGAAUUUCAGCUUUCUUAGAAAUAACUGCAACCUGACACAUUCCAUAAUAUUUAAACGGCGGGCAGGGGAGAAUCACCAAAGAUGUUAUGUUUAGAGAUGACAUUGACAUGAAGAAUAGGUAAAUUUUGUUUUUCAGCCACUGGUAAAGCAGACCUCAUAGGAGCUCAGAAUAAGCAGGAGAAAUAUUUUUGUUCUUUUUCUUUUCAACAAUGAACCUAAUGGCACUCAAAGCUUUCCUGGGCUUGCUCUGGAAUUGCUGGGUUCUAGUGGGUCAUGCACAGGGAGGCUUGGGAGACAAUCAUGUCCAUUCAAGUUUUAUUUACAGGAGGCUGCGGAACCAUGAAAGAAGGGAGAUCCAGAGAGAGAUUCUCUCUAUCUUGGGUUUACCUCACAGACCUAGACCAUUUUCACCUGGAAAGCAGGCUUCUUCUGCACCCCUCUUCAUGCUGGACCUGUACAAUGCCAUGACAAAUGAAGAGGAUACUGAGGAACUGGCGUAUUCACUGAGGGAAUCAAUGGGAGGAGAGAGCAGAGGGGUAAGAAAAGGAUACUCCGCAUCUCCAAAUGGAUACUCACGGAGAAUACAAUUAUCUCGCAUGACCCCCCUGACCACACAGAGUCCUCCCUUAGCCAGCCUGCGUGAUACCAACUUUCUGAAUGAUGCCGACAUGGUCAUGAGCUUUGUCAAUUUAGUUGAAAGAGACAAGGACUUUUCUCAUCAAAGAAGGCACUACAAAGAGUUUCGAUUUGACCUGACUCAAAUCCCACAUGGAGAAGCAGUGACAGCAGCUGAAUUCCGGAUUUACAAGGACCGAAGCCACAAUCGGUUUGAGAAUGAAACAAUUAAGAUUAGCAUAUAUCAGAUCAUCAAGGAAUACCCAAACAGGGAUGCAGAACUGUUCCUGCUGGACACAAGGAAGACUCAAGCUUUUAAUGUGGGCUGGCUUGUAUUUGAUAUCACUGUGACCAGCAAUCAUUGGGUGAUUAAUCCACAGAACAAUUUAGGCUUGCAACUCUGUGUUGAAACCGGGGAUGGUCGUAGUAUCAAUGUUAAAUCAGCUGGCCUUAUAGGAAGACAAGGGCCUCAAUCAAAGCAGCCAUUUAUGGUUGCAUUCUUCAAGGCAAGUGAAGUGCUUUUUCGAUCUGUCCGAGCAGCCAACAAUAAAAAGAAAAAUCAGAACCGCAACAAAUCCAGUAGCCAUCAGGAUUCUUCCAGGAUGCCCAGUGUAGCAGAUUACAACACAAGUGAACAAAAGCAAGCCUGUAAAAAACAUGAACUUUAUGUGAGUUUCCGUGACUUGGGAUGGCAGGAUUGGAUAAUAGCACCAGAGGGCUAUGCUGCGUUCUACUGUGAUGGAGAAUGCUCCUUUCCACUCAAUGCCCACAUGAAUGCUACAAACCAUGCCAUAGUUCAGACUCUGGUUCAUCUGAUGUUCCCUGAUCACGUACCUAAGCCAUGCUGUGCACCUACAAAACUGAAUGCAAUCUCAGUGCUCUACUUUGAUGACAGUUCCAAUGUUAUUUUGAAAAAAUACAGAAAUAUGGUGAAUCGGUGUAACUGGAGGAAUAUGUUACGUUUUGGCUUGUGGAAUUUUGCAAAAGGCUCAAAGCUUCAGGAAUUCUGUAGAGAUCGGCUUGAGUCUGUGCCUAUAGCUUUCCAAGUUAACACUAAACACUUGUAGUACAACCUUCUUUCCUCAAAUAAAUUGUCAGUUUAUUAUCUAUAAGACUACUGCUGCAGAUUUUUUGUGUGUUUAAUAACAAAAAAACAAAAACAAAAAAACUCCACACUCACCUGAGCCACCUUACUAUAUGGGCAAGAAUUAAUAAAUGUGUGCAAUGUGUAAAAGAUUAAAAUCUGGAAAGAAUUUGUUUUCCUUAGCUUCCUUUUCUUGCUGGGUAAGGCAUUUAGGAACAUUGAAAUUGCCAUUCGUAGUCAGAUUUGUGGUUAGUCUAGUGCAGUAUCCUGUCUCUCACAGUGGCCAAUAGCAGGUGCUUUAGAUGAAGGUGAAAGAAACCUUAUAUGGCAGUUUUUAGGAUAAUCUCUGUGCACAAUAGGUCCUCUCCUAAUCUCUAAUCUUACUAUCUCUUCCAAAACUUGUUUGCAUUAACUAUUAUACUCUGGAUAUUCCUGUUACCAUAUAAAUGUCCCAUCCCUUUUAUUGUCUUGCUAAAUUUUUUGCCUCAAUUACAUUUUCCGGCAGUGAGUUCUACAGUCUAAUUGCACAUUGUAUGAAAAAGUAUUUUCAUUUAUCGGUUUUGAAUUUACCAUCUUUUAAUUUCAUUGAAUAUCCCCAUGUUAUUAUGGGAGAAUAGAAGGUCCUGAUUUCCCAUCCCUACAACCAGUCAUUAUUUUAUAUAGUUUUAUUGGGAAUUGCCUCAGUAGAAAUAUUGCUAUAUUAGAGUGUUAUUUAAAAUGAAUAGAACAUUUCUCAUGCCUUACAGAAUCUUUUCGUUUAAAUCCCAAUGUCUAUGGUUAUUUAAUGCACAUUCCACAAAACACAGACUAUUGCAGAAUAAUAUAAUCAGGUAUGUGUGUGUUUUGCAGAAACUAAUUUAUUUUAUCUCACUGUUGGAGUAUUGUCUUAAAUUGUUAAACAUACACUUAACUUUUUGAAAAAUUAAACAGGGUGGGUUUCUUUUUUUCAGUCAUAGCAUUUUCUCCAAACAUUACAUUUCAAUUACUAUUUUAUACUUUAUGUAUCUCCAUAACUAUGUCUAAUUGCAGUUCAUGUACAAUAAGGUAUAUUAAUAAAGUUUCUUCAGUGAAUUGCUGUUUGGGGACCACUUAGAUAAUGAACGUUAAACUGCAUGGGGGAUACUUUCAGAAAAGUUAUGGGUUUGUUUAUGAAUCAGGUAAAUGGUUAUGAUAUUUUGAAUUCAAUUUAUUCUAAAUAAAAUUUAAUGGAAACUGAA